AUGAGGCACGAUACUGUAGCCCGGCCCGUAGCAGCAACCACGCGCACCACUCCUGCCACACUGCGACUGACUUACUACCUCACCUAUCGAUACCCAACUCAGCCUCGCCUUCAGGCCAAUCCAAUCCUUGCUCUUCCCAUCUCGUCCAUCUUCCCCUCCGUCUCACCACCUUGCUUUUGCUUUUGCUUUGCGCUUCCUUUUUGCUUUGCAGCAACGACGCCGUCUGCAGCUAUGAGCGGCAGCGACGUGGAUGCCGCCAACCCCCAGAAAGAGGCCCCAGCUCCCCCCAGUUCCAGCGGCUCCGGCAUCAGCAUCAAGAAGCGCAAGAAAGACGGCCUCAAGCCCAUCAUCACCAUGGAGGGGCCACCAUCGCAGCGACCUGCAGACGCAGAUGCGGCAUCAGGAACAGGAACAGGCAAGGCGUCCAAGUCGCAGGACAGCACGGACAUGCACGAGUAA